GCGGGGGGCCGUCCGCUGUCAGGCAACCCGUUCCCUCUGGCUGGGUCUGGACGGGCGCCUUUCUGUGUUCGAGGCCAACGCCCCGCGGUGCCUGCCGGCUGAACCCGAACGGUGCCCACGCUCAGGGGGCCGCGAGGCCACGGUCCCCGAGUGUCAGCCCGGGGCUCCAGAGGGUCGGAGUCGCGGCCGGGUCCUUCGCUCCCGCCGGUCUCCCAACUCCCGCCCCCAUCCAGCCCCCAAACCGCGGCCAUCCGGCGUUCGGCGCUCGACUGCGCGGCGGAUCGACGCCUUCGGCGCUCCGGCGGCGGAAGUGAGGGCGCUGAAGGCUGGGCGGCCUCGGCCCGGGGUCUCCUGCUUGAGCGCUGGGUCCGUGCCUGCCUGUCUGCAGUGGAGUGCCUGUUUCCUCAAUCCAAGCAGGAACCCUGAAGCUUCUUUAAAGGAGAGGAGGAGGAGGAGAAGGGAAGGUUGGGGAGCGCGGCGUCCCGUUUCCGCCACCGGCGUGACCGGCGUGAUGUCUCGAUCUCGACCACCGCCCCUGGUGACAGGCAUCUCUCCAAAUGAGGGGAUACCGUGGACAAAGGUCACGAUUAGAGGAGAAAACCUGGGGACUGGCACACCCGACCUCAUAGGUCUGACAAUUUGUGGGCAUAACUGCCUCCUGACAGCAGAGUGGAUGUCUGCCAGUAAAAUAGUGUGUCGAGUGGGACAGGCCAAGAACGACAAAGGAGACAUUAUCGUCACGACCAAAUCAGGUGGCAGAGGAACCUCCACAGUCUCGUUCAAGCUGCUCAAGCCUGAGAAAAUAGGUGUUUUGGAUCAGUCUGCUGUGUGGGUUGAUGAAAUGAAUUACUACGACAUGCGUACCGACAGGAAUAAAGGGAUCCCUCCCUUGUCCCUGCGUCCUGCUAACCCACUGGGCAUUGAGAUUGAAAAAGGUCAAUUUCCCCAGAAGGAUCUGGAAGUGCUGUUUCCUGGGAUGAGCGCCGACUUCACAAGUGAGAACUUGUCAGCCGCCUGGUACCUUAUCGAGAACCACUCCAACACCAGUUUUGAGCAGCUCAAAAUGGCAGUCGCCCACCUGAAGAGACAGGCUAACAAGAAGAGCGAGGGCAGCCUGGCGUACGUGAAAGGCGGACUCAGUACUUUCUUUGAGGCACAGGACGCCCUCUCAGCCAUCCAUCAAAAACUGGAAGCAGAUGGAACGGAAAAAGUAGAAGGAUCCAUGACGCAGAAGCUGGAGAAUGUUCUGAACAGAGCAAGCAAUACUGCGGACACAUUAUUUCAAGAAGUCUUAGGUCGAAAGGACAAGGCAGACUCCACAAGAAAUGCACUCACUGUGCUCCAGCGAUUUAAGUUUCUUUUCAACCUUCCUCUGAAUAUUGAAAGGAAUAUUCAAAAGGGUGAUUAUGAUGUGGUUAUUAACGAUUAUGAAAAGGCCAAGUCCCUUUUUGGAAAAACAGAGGUGCAAGUUUUCAAGAAAUAUUAUGCUGAAGUCGAAACACGGAUUGAAGCUUUAAGAGAAUUACUUCUGGAUAAGUUGCUUGAGACACCAUCAACCUUACAUGACCAAAAACGUUACAUAAGGUACUUGUCUGACCUCCGCGCACCCGGCGACCCCGCGUGGCAGUGCAUCGGGGCCCAGCACCGAUGGAUCCUCCAGCUCAUGCACGACUGCAGAGAGGGCUGCGCUCGGGACCUCACAGGGACGUCGGGCCUCCACAGCGCCGUGUCGGACCCGGACAGCGACGCGCGCCCGCCCGCGCUGGGUCAUCUCGGCCACACGGCGUCACUGAAGCGGGGCAGCGGCUUUCAGUCUGGUCGAGGCGAUGCUUGGAGAUACAAAACUCCGCAGCGGGUGGCAUUUGUUGAAAAAUUGACCAAGCUCGUUUUAAGCCAACUGCCCAACUUCUGGAAACUGUGGAUUUCGUAUGUUAACGGCAGCCUCUUCAGUGAGACUGCCGAGAAGUCGGGCCACAUUGAAAGAUCAAAGAAUGUAAGACAGAGACAAAGCGACUUUAAGAAAAUGAUUCAGGAGGUGAUGCACUGUCUUGUGAAGCUGAUCCGCGGGGCGCUGCUCCCGCCCAGUGCAGCGGAGGGCGGCGUGAGGCCGGGCACAGGCCGGGAGGUGAAGGCCGAGCUCUCGGGACAGUGGCUUGCUCACGUCAUACAGACCCUCAGGCUUACGUACGAAUCCUUGACUGCCCUGGAAAUUCCCAGUGACCUGUUACAGACGAUCCAGGACCUGGUCUUGGAUCUCCGAGGGCGCUGCGUGGCGGCCACGCUGCAGCACACGGCAGAAGAAAUAAAGAGGUUGGCUGAAAAGGAAGACUGGGUUGUUGACAGCGAAGGCCUGACGUCUCUGCCCUGCCAGUUCGAGCGGCGCGUGGUGCAGUCGCUGCAGUCGCUGCGUGGCGUUCUGGAGUGCAGGCCCGGAGAAGCCAGUGUCUUUCAACAACCUAAAACCCAGGAGGAGGUUUGCCAGCUAAGCAUCAAUAUCAUGCAGAUUUUCAUAUGCUGUCUGGAGCAGUUGAGCACCAAGCCGGACGCUGAUGUGGACACUGCCCACCUCUCCGUUGACGUUGCUUCUCCGGAUUUGUUUGGAAGUAUCCAUCAAGAGCUCAGUUUGACGCCUGAACAGCGACUUCUGAUAGUCCUGAGUAACUGCUGCUACCUAGAACGGCACACCUUCCGAAACAUAGCAGAACACUUUGAAAAGCACAACUUCCAGGGCAUAGAAAAGAUCACACAGGUUAGCAUGGCCUCGUUGAAAGACUUGGACCAGAGACUCUUUGAAAAUUACAUCGAGUUGAAAGCAGACCCCAUCGUUGGCUCCUUGGAACCUGGAAUUUACGCAGGCUACUUCGACUGGAAGGACUGCCUGCCCCCAACAGAUACCAGCUCUGUGGGCCGUGCGGGCGUUUUCCAUCGGAAGCAGGACAUUCUCCUGAAGGAAUCGGCAGCGCUGCGUUCCAGUCACAGCAGCGAGACUUCGAAGGACCUGACCGUACUUUGCACUCUGGCCAAAGAAGGUAACACGUGCGUUGUCCAGUGGAAACAGUCUGGAUUUACAGAUGUGCAAAUACGUGUGUCUGGAACCCUGAAAUUACUCUGAGUCUGGAAUCUUCCUGCCAUGUGCAGAGAGAAGGCACUUGCGUUUCCUUCUCAAAUUCAGCCCCUGUUGUCAGGUCUCUCGCGUCCUUCGUGGCCCUGCACGUGUCCCAGGUUGUUCCUGGCUCCAGGUUUGAAGUUUACAUAAGCUGAGCAUGGGGUGUGAGUGAGCGUGUGUGCGUGUGCGCGUGCCCAGGGUCAGAAGAGGCGUGUCCUGCUCGCAGGGCUGCCGCGGGGGGAGGCGGGGGUUGGGAGGAGCCAGGUCGUUCCUCUGGGGGCUCCGGGGUGGGUGCUUCUCUGUUGUUACUGGAGGCAGGUGUUUUGAUGAAAAGUGUCACAGCGUUAGGUGGCCAGAAAAAAAGCCAAGACAGGUUUAUUAUUCUCUUACGGUUAUAUAUCCAUUUAUUUUUUAAAAAACUCUAUCAUUUGGAGCCCUUGAGGUAUUUUUUUUAACCCUUUAAAGUUAAAAUCCAAUGAGUUGAGGGGCGGGUGGGAAAACCAUGGAGUCAUCGGUUAUUUUCUCUGAAAUUGUCAUCAUCUCUUUGCAGUUACCUGAGGCAGAUCUGUUUUCACUGCCAUGUGUGGAAUGUCUUGACUGGUUCUUGUAGGGUUUCUCCCAGCACCUUGCUCCUGAUACACCUGUGAUUCUAUAGCUGGGUCUUGGUGUUGCAGCGAGCUCCUCGCGUCUGCCUUGGCCUGGAGCAUGCGGAGGCAGGGGCCGGGCCGCCCGCCACUUGCACCCUGAAGUCAGCGCCUCUGUUUAAACAUCCUUCUCAUCGGUUGUUACUCCUUAACCACCACAGGGAAAGUCUUCCUCUGAGAUUUCUUGGGCGUGUCCUCUGGACGACCCUCGUGGAUGAGGGCUGGGGUCCAGUCCUGGAGAGGAGCCGGGAGAAGGGAGAGGAAGAAACUCGACCCUUGAGCCUUUGGGCCUGGGACACAGUGACCGAUGGCCUUCUUCUCCGCCCACUCUUCAGACCCAUCCAGAGCAGACAGAGCCAGCAGGGGAGAAAGCCGGUGCUGGAGGCCACAGCCCGAGGGAGACCUUGCCGGGCAGAGGCUGCGGCCACAGAGCCCGCCCGGCAGGAGACCAGAGGCGCCCCAGGGCUGUCCUACGGCCGGGAGCCCCUUGGAAACCCGGAGGCUGGGCACAUGCCUUUUCCCUUCAGGAAGCAGCGUACUAAUUCCUUUCACAAAUCAGACACCUUGGCUGGCAGCUCAAGGGGCCGCUACAAAGAUGGUCUGGAGAGUCGCAGGGCUCUGAGGCGUGUGCCCCCGCAGCCAGCUUCCGCUUUGCUGGGGUGACCCCGCCAUCAGCGCCCCCAUCCUCGCCUUUCCCCGCACGAGCCCUCCCUCCGCACCCGCUCCCAGCCUGGCCCCACACCCCAGAGGCCGUGCGUGCGCCCGAGCCGUGGCCACCUCUGUGUCUGUAGCCAUCAGCGUCCCAGUGCCUAGAAAACCCCCCAUCACAGGGUCGCCCCGGAGCUGGCUGAUGAAUGAGAAACAGUGUGGCCUAAGCCAGCCGGGCCUGGGGUUGCAGGGAGAGCACCAGCAAGUAAAGGCCAGUUUGCAGUUCAGUUUUCAGACGAACAGAAAUGCUAGGUUGCGUUCUCUUUGACCCAAUUAAUGUUAGAUAGAGGAUAUUGGGGUUGGUGAAGUUAGAAAACAUUUACCAAAAGUAGCACGUGAACGCCCACUGCAAAAUCAUGGGCUGUAAUAAACAGAUGCAACACCCAGGUCUCUGGGCGUCCUUCUCCUUUUCCAGAAUCACACUGCAGCCUGAGCCGUGCAGGGUUCCGAGGGCGCCGUUGGCUCCACGCUCCACGGGGGUAUCUGUUGGACACUCUUCAAGUCUCUUCUCUCGGCUGAGUGCGGAACGCGGGUGGCAGCGCCCGGUGACACGGCUGCCGUCGCGUGCCCGUCUUCCACAGGGUCCCGCAGCCUAGUCGUGAGGUAGUUUGGAGCCUCGUUGCUUCUGCUUCUGGUCAAAACGGAUGCCACUUGAGAGAGACGCUGGAGUCUGUGGUCUUUCCUGGUACCGAACUCAGAAUAAGGUCAUCAGUUCCUUGGACUGUGAUUCUUAAUUUCAUUAAGAAGUGUUGUCAGGAGUUCCCGUCGUGGUGCAGUGGUUAACGAAUCCGACUAGGAACCAUGAGGUUGCGGGUUCGGUCCCUGCCCUUGCUCAGUGGGUUAACGAUCCGGCGUUGCCGUGAGCUGUGGUGUAGGUUGCAGACGCGGCUCGGAUCCCGCGUUGCUGUGGCUCUGGUGUAGGCUGGCAGCUACAGCUCCGAUUGGACCCCUAGCCUGGGAACCUCCAUGUGCCGCGGGAGCGGUCCAAGAAAUAGC